AUGAAGGACGCUCAAAAUGAGAUGAUGGGAGCACAGAUGAGUAGACAAUUGAAAAUGCAGGGGGCGAUGCGAGAGAAGCAAAUGUGCUUUCAAGUUGCUAUGGCGAGGCAGAGAUUUUGGUAUUAUCAACUGUUCGCAAGUGGUGUCGCUUUUGGCUGCAUUGCGGGCGCUCUCAAAACCAAAAACGCAAAACUCGUCGCCCCACUUUGGCCCAUUGGAAUCGGCUACUCUUUCCAACAUGACAUGGCGUACGGCAACCUAAUGGAUCGAGCGCGCCUUGAAGCCGAAGAGAUUUUGCUUCAGAAGCCAGAUUGGCUUCAGAUGCCCGGUGGAAUGCCGACUGUUGAAGAGCUUUCAAAAUGA